AUGAAGCUCCUGUACCCAACGUCUAUUGUACUCGACGUAGAUAGCCUCAAAGGCUUUGCGCCCACCCUACACGUGUACGAUGCCAAAAAGCCAAUACCCGACGAUCUCCUCGACGCCGAGAUCCUAGUGACCUGGUCCAAUAGUCCCGAUAACCUAUCCGAAGCUGCAAAGCGCAUGACCAACCUCAAAUGGAUCCAAUCUCUCGCCGCCGGUCCCAACGACGUUCUCAAUGCCGGCUUCGACGCCUCAAAGAUCACAGUAUGUACUGGCUCGGGACUCCACGAUCACACAGUGGCCGAGCAUACCCUUGCACUACUUCUCUGCGCUGCCCGACGACUAGACGAGAUGAAGGAGUACCAGCUCCAAGGUAAAUGGCCAGGCCACCUCGGCGGUCCACAACCUGACCGACCAAAAGGCAAGUUCACCAGUUUACGAGGAGCCAACAUCACUAUCUGGGGCUUCGGCAACAUCGCCAAAAUGUUGACGCCCAGCUUGGUCGGGUUAGGAGCCAGCGUCAAAGGUAUCGCUCGAUCCAGUGGUGUGCGCAACGGCGUCGAAGUCGUUUCCGAGGACUCCCUGCAAAAAGUCCUGUCUGAAACUGACGCGCUCGUCAUGAUUCUACCUGGCAGUGAAGCCACAAAACACGCACUCAACGCAGAACGUCUGAAACUCCUACCCAACCACGCUUGGGUCGUCAAUGUUGGUCGAGGCACUUCCAUCGACGAGGACGCACUCGCCGAAGCACUGGACAACGGCAGCAUAGGCGGUGCGGCGCUCGAUGUGUUUGAGAAGGAGCCACUGCCAGAAGGACAUAGGUUCUAUAAGACGAAGAACACGAUUGUCAGUCCGCAUGCUGCUGGAGGUCGACCGCAGGGUGCUGAAGAGCUUAUUGCGUAUAAUUUGAGGCGGUUCUUGGCGGGUCAGGAGUUGAAGAAUGUCAUUUGA